AAAUCAACUAAGCAGAGAGCUCAAAGAAGAAUAAUCAAUGGCAUCUCCGUCGACUGGGUGGCUUUCAAUCCCCGGUUCUCUCUAUGCCAAACCGCGCCUACUUUCUUCUUCGGCGCUUACUCUAGCUUACCAUCCCUUACAAAACCCUAACAACAACAAGCUGUGUAGGAAGGAGCGAUUAAUAUGCAGAGCGGACUUUUCACAGGAAGCGCCGCUGGCGUCGGCAAUAGGCGCGUGCAUACUGAGUUCGUUUGUUUUUCCGGUAGCGAAGCGAAUUGCCGAUGAGGAAGAAGAAGAGGAGAAUUCAGCGAUAGUGUCAACAGAUAUGAGAUUAGCAGCAAUGGGAAUUAUCAGCUUCAUCCCUUACUUCAAUUGGCUGAGUUGGGUCUUCGCUUGGCUUGACACUGGGAAAACGCGUUACGCAGUCUAUGCUCUCAUUUAUCUCCUUCCCUAUCUCAGCUCAAACCUGUCCAUUUCCCCGGAAGAGAGCUGGUUGCCCAUUACAAGCAUCGUCUUGGGCAUCAUUCAUGUUCAGCUGGAAGCAAGUAUCGCAAAUGGUGAUAUUCAGACUCUUGCAUUCUUCAGAGACACAUCUCAAAACUUCUCAUCAAACAAGAGGAUCCUUUUUGACAAGAAACAUUCCAAGAAGAAAGACAGUGACGAUUAAACUGUAAAGAAAGCCCCAAAGACACGAAGAGUGAGCCAGUACGAGAGGAUUAAUGAUGUUGAUUAUGAGUAAGUUUUUGUAACAAGGUUAUGUUUCUUAGCUCCAAAAACAAAGACUUUGAGAAUAAAAAUAUAACAUUGAAGCUAAAAGGUGUAAAACAAAUCCGUAUAUCAGUGUAAUACCUCAAUAAAAUAAGCAACC